AUGGGUUUUCAGUUUCGUAAUAUAUUGCCAUUACUGGGUAUUGGUGUGAGUACACAUUAUCCCCUUGCCUGGUCAUUACUGGCUGUUGGUGUGAUUGUAUCUCAUGUCUUUGUCUGUUCAUUAUUGCCUGUUGAUGUACUUCAUGCCUUUAUUUCUUCAUUAGUGGCUGUUGGUGUGAUUGCACCUCAUGCAUCUGUCUGUUCAUUAUUUGCUAUUGAUGUGAGUUCAUUGCAUGCUUUUAUCGGUUCAUUACUAGCUGUUGAUGUGAGUGCACAGCAUGACUUUAUCUGUGCAUUACUGGUUGUUGAUGUGAGUGCACAGCAUGACUUUAUCUGUGCAUUACUAGCUGUUGAUGUGAGUGCACAGCAUGACUUUAUCUGUGCAUUACUGGUUGUUGAUGUGAGUGCACAGCAUGACUUUAUCUGUGCAUUACUAGCUGUUGAUGUGAGUGCACAGCAUGACUUUAUCUGUGCAUUACUGGUUGUUGAUAUAAGUCAAGGAGCAGUAGUUUCCUUCCUGAGCGACAAGUGCCAGUUUCCUUCCUUUCUACGGACAAUUCCAAGUGACAGCAUGUAUUCCCUUGGUUUGGUACGGCUGCUGCUACACUUUGAGUGGACAUGGAUUGGAAUAAUCGCAUCUGCUGAUGAUUAUGGACAAGCAGGUAGCCAAAAACUGAAGACAGAAAUCACUGCUGCUGGAUCUUGCGUUGCCUUCUUAGAAACAGUACCUAAAACAAAUUUGAAGGCAAAAGUUUCACAGAUAAUGGGGCAGAUUCAAACAUUAUCUGUAAAUGUAAUUGUGGUCUAUGUGUCCAAGGGAAACUGGCUGUCAGUGGCAGAUGAGAUAUCAUUAUACAAUACAACCAGGCUGUCAUGGAUUUUCACAGGACCAGACUGCACCAUUUCCAACCAGUACAGUAGAAAGGAGACAUGGAAUGUCAUGAAUUCCACUAUUAGCCUUGCACGCCGUUCAAGGCACCUCACAGGGUACAGAGAGUUCCUUUACAAUAUUCAUCCCACUCGGUCACCAGGAGAUAUAUUUGUAGUAAGUUUUUGGGAGAAGGCCUUUGGCUGCACAUGGCAACAGAAUGAAAUUAACAAAACAACAACUCAGAGUGCAGUUGAUCAGGGUUCUGUACUUUGUACAGGAAAAGAAAAGCUGCAAAUGCUUGGCAAAUCCUUGUUUGAUGAAUUAAACUUCAUUUCAUAUCGUGUCUAUAAUUCUGUGAAUGCUCUGGCCCAGGCAUUAAAUCUUCUGUUGUCAUGUGAAAAUGAAGGAGGACCAUUUCUCAACACAACAUGUGCUGAUAUCAAUUACUUUAAACCAUGGCAGCUAUUACAUUAUUUGAAAUAUAUACGAAUCAAAAAUAAGGCUGAUGAUGAAAUUUUUUUUGAUGAGAAUGGUGACCCACCACCAUUAUUUGAUAUAGUAAACCAGAGGAUCACACAGGAUGGAACCAUACAGUGUGUCAAAGUUGGUGAAUUUGACCUCCGCAUCCUAAAAGAUGGAUGGAUUAAAAUUAAUGACAGUGCUAUCAUCUGGAAAGAAAGGUAUAAUCAGAUACCUCGGUCCCUUUGCUGUGACCAUUGUACUGUUGGAUUUCGAAAAGCUGCACAACCUGGACAGCCAGUCUGUUGUUAUGACUGUGUUCCAUGUUCCAAGGGAGACAUUAGCAAUCAGACUGAUGCAAGUGGCUGCCUUACAUGUGAAGCAGAUCAGUGGCCUAAUGAAAAGAAAGAUAAAUGCAUUCCAAAGUUUGUUGAGUUUCUCUCCUAUGAAGAACCACUGGGAGCAACAUUAGCUGCAGUAGCAGUUUGUGGUUUCAUGGUCACUGCCUUAAUUUUAUGCAUCUUCAUUAAGAACAAACAGACACCAAUUGUCAAGGCCAAUAACUGCAACAUGAGCUACCUUCUCCUUUUGGCCCUUAUGCUGUGUUUUCUGUCAUCUUUAAUAUUCCUUGGUUAUCCCACAAAAGUGAACUGUAUGCUUCGACAGGUUACAUUUGGGAUAAUAUUUUCUCUUUGUGUCUCUUGUAUUUUGGCAAAAACAAUGAUUGUGGUUAUAGCAUUUAAUGCCAAAAAGCCUGGCAGUAAACUACAUAAGUGGCUGGGAAGUGGUCUCCCUAAUGCUACCAUAAUUAUGAGCACAAUAAUUCAGAUAAUGAUAUGUGUUGUUUGGUUGAUACAAUCACCACCGUUUGCAGAAUCUGUCAUGAACUUAGAAAGUGGAAAAAUUGUAGCUGAAUGCAAUGAAGGUACAUCAUUUGCUUUUUGGUGCAUGCUGGGAUACCUAGGUUUCCUUUCAAUUGUUAGUUUCACUGUAGCAUUUCUAGCUAGGAACUUACCAGAUGCCUUUAAUGAAGCCAAAUUGAUCACCUUUAGUAUGCUGGUGUUUGUCAGUGUCUGGCUCACUUUCAUUCCUGCUUACCUUAGCACCAAAGGUAAGUACAUGGUUGCUGUUGAAAUAUUUGGGAUUAUAUCUUCCAGUACUGGAAUUCUUGGCUGUAUAUUUUUCCCAAAGUGCUACAUUAUUUUAGUAAGACCAGAGAGGAACACAAGGGAGCAUUUAGUUGAAAAAAGGAAAUGUUAA